CACAUUUCUACUAUAGACUUCAUUUCGUUUAUGACCAUGGUCAAUUGUUCUCGUCCUAGUCAUAAAACGUGUUUUCUUAGUUCAGUAUUUUGAGUAAAACAGCAGUUCGUAACAGCUAAAAUUCAUAACGCUUCAGAAGAUUUACUUGUCGCGUAACUCAAUUUAAUUUGCACAAAUAAUCGAACUCUUGCAAAAAUGGCUGACGAAUGGGAAGAGUCUGAUGCCGGUUUCGGCAGAAAGUUCGGAAACAUGCGUUUGAAUGGUAGUGGUGACGGUGCAGACGGACGUCGCGGAAGAGGUGGUGGAUCCCGUGGUGGAAGUCGAACUAAUGGUGAUGGAGGAUCGUCAAGCAGAAAUUUCAAUGACAGUAACGGAGAGAACGGUGAUUAUGGAAACAAUUCUGGAAAUGAAAAUCGAUCCUCCAAUGGAAGAGGUGGUAGAGAACGAGGCGACCGCGAUACGGGACGAGGUUUCUCAGAAUUUAAAGAUGACAAACCGAGAGAGUUUUAUAUUCCACCGGAUCCUUCAACGGAUGAAAGAGAAAUAUUUAGCACGGGGAUCGAAUCCGGGUUAAACUUUGCAAAAUACGACAAAAUACCGAUCAAGGUAACUGGCAGAGAUACACCAAAGCCAAUAUUGAACUUCCGCGAUUCGGGACUCUCCGAUUACCUGCUAACCAAUGUGGCAAAGUGUGGAUAUAAGGAGCCGACGCCCAUACAAAAGACGGCAAUUCCGAUUAUCAAAGCGAAGCGUGAUUUAAUGGCGUGCGCCCAGACCGGUUCGGGCAAGACAGCGGCCUUCAUUUUGCCGAUAUUAAACGCACUUUUAAGCGAGCCAAUGGAUAUGAAAGUAUCAAAGCCUCAAGUGGUUAUCAUUUCGCCCACCCGUGAAUUGGCCAUUCAAAUUUUUAACGAGGUCCGUAAAUUUUCUUACGGAAGCUACCUGAAAUCGACUGUCGUAUAUGGAGGCACUGCUUCUCGAUACCAAAGUUCCAUGGUGCUGGAUGGAUGCCAUGUCUUGGUUGCCACUCCUGGACGUCUACUAGACUUUGUUGACAAAUGCUACAUCACUUUUGAGGAUAUCCGAUUUGUUGUCUUGGAUGAAGCGGAUCGUAUGCUCGAUUUGGGCUUUAUGCCUAAUGUCAAUAAAAUUAUGAAUCAUCCGACGAUGGUGAAGAUGCACAAUCGUCAAACGUUAAUGUUUUCUGCCACAUUCCCCGAAGAGAUUCAGCUUGCCGCUGGCGAGUAUCUGCGAGAUUACAUAUUCGUCGCGAUCGGAAUUAUUGGAGGCGCAUGUACUGAUGUCGAGCAGAUCGUGUACGAUGUGAAGAAAUACGAUAAACGAGAAAAGUUGAUCAAAAUAUUGGACGAAGCGGAUCCGACCGGAACCAUGGUAUUUGUCGAAACAAAACGUGAUGCCGAUUUUCUGGCAUCAUUCUUAAGUGAAACGAAGCAUCCAACAACGUCGAUUCACGGUGAUCGUGAACAACGGCAACGCGAAGAGGCCUUGGCUGAAUUCAAAGCUGGUCGUAUGAAGAUUUUGAUUGCUACAUCGGUGGCUGCAAGAGGAUUGGACAUCCCAAAUGUGAAUCACGUCAUUAACUAUAACCUGCCGAAACAAAUCGAAGAUUACGUACAUCGGAUCGGACGAACCGGUCGAGUUGGCAAUCGCGGUAAAGCCACCAGUUUCUAUGAACCUGAUGAGGACGCAGCAAUUGCGUCAAAUUUAAAGAAAAUUUUGGAGGAUGCGGGUCAACCAGUUCCGGACUUUUUAUCAAACUACGGUGGUGGUUCGUAUAAUGGUCGAAGCAACUUUGGCGGAAGAGAUGUUCGUCGACGUAACAACCCGAUUGCAGUGCAGGAAGAGCCAGAGGAAUGGUAAAUAUUGCGCCUCCAAAGAAAAUACAAUUCGAAAUUGUACUUAAGUAUUUCGAUAAUUUUUACAUUGAAAUUCACACAGAAUCAAAACAUUAAAUUUUAAGUGAAUCUGAAUUAAUUUGAGAAUAAUUUUGAGAGAGCACAACGUUCAUUACGAAAAGUUUUUGUUAAUUACAUGAACAAAUCGAUAAAUAGAUUUAUUUAAAUAAUUAAAGGUUCUCACCGUACCUUUUUAAGCUGCAAUUUUAUUAUGUUUACUCAUCAUACUUAUAGACUUCUUAUUGCUCUAAAAAAAUAUAUUCAAAACCAAUAAAAAUAAGAAAGAAUUGACAUAUUUGGUACUGUGAUUCUUAAUUAGCU